CCCAACUGGAAUUUUCAGCACAACCGAAAGCACCAAAAUGAUGCAAGCCGAAGACACCGAGAGCCUUUCGUGGAUCACUGAUAAGCAACAAACGAUCGAUGGCACCCUCACUUCGCAGCGACCGGAUGUUGUUUCCGGACCAUUCACCUCGCUCACGCUCGACUUGAACGAUACCGACGACAUCGAAGAUCGACGAUCUCCAAUGCACGGUGUCGGCGGUGGUGGGCCAGGAAGCGGGGAGGCGAAGAAGGAACGCAGUUUUCUGCUGAUGGACGAACAGGAGCGAAUAUGCGUAAAAUCGGCCGAACAGUUUUGCAAACGCUUGUCCGUGCAGCCCGAAACGAAGGUGAAGGUGGUCUCGAUCUUCGGUAACACCGGCGACGGUAAGUCGCAUACGAUGAAUCACGCCCUGUUCGGGGGCCGCGAUGUGUUCAAAACUUCCGCCGAGCAAGCGUCCUGCACGAUGGGCAUCUGGGCGGCGUAUCAGCGUCAGAGAAAUGUGCUCUGCCUGGACACUGAGGGUUUGCUGGGCGAAACGGUCAACGAGAAUCGGCAGAUGCGCAUGCUGCUGAAGGUGCUGGCCGUAUCGGACAUUAUAAUUUACCGGACGCGGGCCGAACGGUUGCGCACGGAUAUGUACAAGUUUCUCGGUACCGCUUCGAAGGCAUUCACAAAGUACUUUUCGGGCGCACUGCAGGCCCUUGAUCUUCCCGGGCCACCGCAAGCGCUUGGUCCAGCCGUUAUCAUCUUCCACGAAACGCACAACACCGAGGUGCUGAAGGAGGACGACGAUGGUAAGAAGGAGGAGGAUAUUCUGCGCGAACGAUUCGCCAAGCUGAAGCUCGAGCUGAGUGCGUUCAGCUCGCUGCGCUACGUUGGCGUACGGACGAUGAAACCACCGACCAACUAUGAGCCACUGAGGAUGGCCUGGGAGAAGGAGAUCCGCAAUACGGCCGUCCGAUCGCCGCGAUUACCACGCGUCGUGUUCGAAGCGCUCCUGGCGCUCAACAACAAGUUCAACGGAGAGCUCAGCCCACUGCCGUUCAAUGCCUUCCCCGAGCAGUACUUCACCUGCACGACGUUCUGCAAAUCGUGCGACGCGCGCUGCCAGCUGUCGAUGGGCCACCUCGAGAUGCGCGAGGAUCACCGAUCGAUCGGGGUGUGCAAGUACCAGCAUCAGCACGAGAACAAGGUCUACCUGUGCAAUCGGUGCCACAUCAACGGGCGCCAGGUAGUGGUGAGCAUACAGACCCAGAAAUCGACCGACUCGUCGUGGAUGGGACUUGCCCUGUACGCUUGGAGCGGUUCCGUCAUCGAGUGUCCACAUUGUGGCGAGAUCUAUCGUUCGCGGCAACACUGGUACGGCAACAAGUCGCCGGAACAGAACGCUGUACGAACGGAAAUCGUCCACGUAUGGAACGAUGGCGGAUUGCAGCAGCACGGACCGCAGCACUCGGCUCAGCUCGUCCUGGACGGUGUGGCCUACAUUACCGAUGCCAUGGCAAGCGUUGGUUCGCAGCCCACCAAACUCGUCAAGUCGUGGGUGACGGAUAAGAUACGCCCCACUUACUGGCGACCGGAUAGUGAGAUUGUCUACUGCAAAGGAUGUACCUGCAACUUUGAGCGGCUCGGUCUCAAGAAACAUCACUGUCGCAGCUGUGGCGAAGGGUUUUGCAACUUUUGCUCCAAGCACGAAAUGCCGGUACCGAGCCGCGGAUGGAACUAUCCCGUGCGGGUCUGUAACAGUUGUUGGAACGAGCUCCGUACUGGUGGUGGCGGUACCGUUGAUGGCGGCGUAGGAGCGACAAACGGAAUAACUGCGAACGGAGGAUCAGACCUGGAGCACAACCAUCGAAGUCAGUCCACAGAUCGCGAUCGCGAGCAAGUGAGUAACGAUUCCGCUGACCCCGUCCUGACGUCUUCUCCUACAGGCAGUGCCGGUGGCAACAACAACAAUGGUGUCGACGAGGCCAACAAUGUGCUGGUGCGGCGCUACGGCGAAGCGGUCAUCAACACGAUCAGCAACAUCGGUGCGGUGUUGGAGUAUCCGAAGGACUUUAUUAAAGAUUCAGCCCGUCCUUCGUACUGGGUGCCGGAUGUGGAGGCACCGAACUGUUACAUUUGCGAGUUGGUGUUCGGUUCGCCCGAGGAACUUAACACCGUCACUCCGCUGAUCCAGGUGACCAACGGUGGUCUACCAUCGACCAUUCCCACCGCAUCCCCGACGCCAUCACCGGCCAAGCAGAACGGUAGUGCCACCGGGAAGCAAAAGUCAUCUUCGUCCGCACCGUCGGUUGGGUCCCGGACUUCACCCACUUCGGCUACCGCAUCGUACCAUCACACGAUCGAUCGCCGGAGGCAUCACUGCCGGGCGUGCGGUAAUGCAGUCUGUGCACUUUGCUCCCAAAAUCGUCGACCCGUCCCCAAACGCGGCUGGUUGAGCGAUGUCCGCGUGUGCAACGGAUGCUACACUGGGGAGGAUUAAAAUAUCAACGCCGUCGCCGUCACUACCACCAGUCUAUUCCUUUCUUCCACUGCACCACAAAGUUUGGUAGCGAUCGUACAAGGGUCGAUAUUUCGGAUCGUCUGAUUAGGAAUUUUGCACACCUUGUUUUUGUUUCUUCUUUAGACGCUCGGCGCAGUACAGCUUCUUUUCUAGAACCGAUAUUCAUAGCUGGACAGUCCGAUUCGAACGUUUUAUCAACAACAAACGCCACGAGUGUGAUGGAUCGUCUUCGGUUUCCUUCCUCUUCUCCCCGAUCCCACCACGAUAUCCUGUUGCCCGCAACGAACGAUUCCGGAAUCCUGUUUCCGGAGGAAUUACAGUGGCCAACGUGUCAGCUGGACACGACACAAUUUGUUGUAGCGAAAAACUAAAACAAAAAUCUGAAAUGUGAUGAUAUUUUUCUAGCCUUAUUCUCCACACACUCUGCCUGGCCUGGGGCCAGGCCGGGAGCGGAGCAGAAAGACUUUAUGUUCGCCGGUUCGUUUUGGUCUGAAGCGUGAACUGUAGGAACGGUAAAACUGAAAUGGGUAGUAUUGUUUGAAUUCGUUGAGUUUUUUAAAAACCAUCUUUGAUACUCUUUACUGUAUAUUUUUGUUUUUAUUUGGUUCAUCAUUUUAUAGCCAUUUUUUAUUGACUUUAUCCUUUACACAUUAGACAUAUGCGUGUUCGAGUUCGGUAGUGUUUAGGAUGAUUGGUUUUUUGUCUUUUAAUUUGGUUUUCCAUCGACACGAUACGCUUGUUCCGCGGAAUGGACGGAACGGAUGCUGUUGUUGGCAAACUUAUUCGGAAACCCGAAAUGGUUUUAAAAAUCUAAAAGAAUAUUGCACACAGACACACGGACACAGCACAGUUAUUCUGCCAUCUCGCCAACCAUCGAUCGGCCAACCUUCGGCCCAGGCGGCGUCUGUUGGCCGUGGUGCGUCCCGCGUAUACAUAGUUUACUAAAAAUCGAAUCGCUCACGAGCGUGUGUGGCACGGAAUUGUAGUAAAAGCAUCGUACCCGGUAGCAGAAGUAACCAAACACAAUGCGCUAUGGAGUAUAUCAAAGAAACGAACAUUUGGUGAAACACCGAUUCUUUCCGCCCUUGCAAAACACUGUCCCUUCCAGUGGUCGAACGACCGAGAGUCCCGCGGCAGGGAACUUCCGGAUAGUGUUGAGAAGGAGAGUACAGUAACGUGUUGGUGUUUUGCCAGAGAUUUCAUGCAUGUGCGAUAUUCGUAGUUAAAAAAACGAUAACACUCUACCAGAGGCUCACGUGCCACCCUCUAUCUGGAUAUAUCUGAAUACAUUUAUCGAUUAUACAUAUAUACUUAUAUAUAUUUCAAUAACGUUAGAGCCCAUUUGUGUUUGUCAUCAAUUCCAAUAA